AUGGCGACGAUGAUAGGAAAGACUGCACUGGCUGUUUCUGCGGCGGCUGCUUCUGCGGUGGCGACGGAGGCGGCGGCGUCGGCGGCGUCGGCGGCGGCGGCGGCGGAGGCGGCGGAAGCGGGGGAAACGGCAGAGACGGCAGAGGGGGCGGGGGACUCACGCCGCAGCGGGGUUCCGCGGCGCGGCUGUGAGUCUGUAAGGGCAGGUGGGAAACUGAGGGCAGGUGAGUCUGUAAGGGCAGAUGGGAAACUGAGGGCAGGUGAGUCUGUAAGGGCAGGUGGGAAACUGAGGGCAGGUGAGUCUGUAAGGGCAGAUGGGAAACUGAGGGCAGGUGAGUCUGUAAGGGCAGGUGGGAAACUGAGGGCAGGUGAGUCUGUAAGGGCAGGUGGGAAACUGAGGGCAGGUGAGUCUGUAAGGGCAGGUGGGAAACUGAGGGCAGGUGAGUCUGUAAGGGCAGGUGGGAAACUGAGGGCAGGUGAGUCUGUAAGGGCAGGUGGGAAACUGAGGGCAGGUGAGUCUGUAAGGGCAGGUGGGAAACUGAGGGCAGGUGAGUCUGUAAGGGCAGGUGGGAAACUGAGGGCAGGUGAGUCUGUAAGGGCAGGUGGGAAACUGAGGGCAGGUGAGUCUGUAAGGGCAGGUGGGAAACUGAGGGCAGGUGAGUCUGUAAGGGCAGGUGGGAAACUGAGGGCAGGUGAGUCUGUAAGGGCAGGUGGGAAACUGAGGGCAGGUGAGUCUGUAAGGGCAGGUGGGAAACUGAGGGCAG